AAAAAACAGACUCGCAUUUUUUUAUUUUUCAUGUGAAUGCAAUAGAUAAAUUUCUCCGUUAUUGUUAAUUUGUUGGACGUCGCAGGGCGGUGACGUCACAUGGCCACGCUGCUGUACUGUUUUUUUUAAUUUUUUUUAACACAUUUAUAAUUUUACAAAACAAAAACGGGCUUAAAGAAUUGCAAAAUUAUAACAAGAAAACCACAGAUAACACUCUCCAUCAUAAUAUGCAAAUUCCUACUUGCUUGCCAAAUACAUUGUUAAUAUUUGGGAGCAUUAUUUUAAAGAGGAAGUAAUGAAAGGCUAACACGGAAGUAAUGAAAGGCUAACACGGAAAUGGAAUCCCUCCCCGCGUUUUCAUUGAUUCCCAUCGACGUCACUCAACGUCGUCGCUGUGCAAUGAGAGCGCAGCACCUGCUUCGACGGUUCCGCCUUCCGAAGGGCGCACAAUCCCAAAAGCACAACACGAAGGAACGCUUUUAAAACGGUCCAACGCGCUCGUGAGCGAUCGAGACCCUCGUAGUAACAUUAAAGCCGUCGUUGGAGGACAUUUCGACGAUGGUGGCGAGAUGCACCCGCCGAGCGCCACUUGAACCUGCUCCACAAAGCCCGUCAAGCAGGCCCGCUUGUGUUUAGCGUUGGAAUUGGAUCAUGAGCAAAGAUGUCAGGGAAUCACUACAAAGGCCACGAAGUCAGCUGCUGCAUCAAAUACUUCAUUUUUGGAUUCAAUAUCCUCUUUUGGCUGCUGGGUAUGGCCUUGGUUGGAAUUGGAUUGUGGGCAUGGAGUGAAAAGGGGGUUCUUUCCAACAUUUCGUCCAUCACAGACCUGGGCGGUCUGGACCCGGUGUGGCUCUUCAUGGUGGUGGGCGGAGUCAUGUUCAUUUUGGGCUUCGCCGGCUGCAUCGGAGCACUGCGGGAGAACACUUUCCUGCUCAAAUUUUUCUCCGUGUUCCUGGGAAUCAUCUUCUUCCUGGAGUUGACCACCGGAAUCCUGGCUUUUGUCUUCAAGGACUGGAUCAAGGACCAGUUGAACCUGUUCAUCAACAAUAACAUCCGAGCCUACCGGGACGAUAUCGAUCUGCAGAACCUUAUCGAUUUCACUCAGGAAUACUGGGAGUGUUGCGGCGCUUUCGGAGCGGACGAUUGGAACCUCAACAUCUACUUCAACUGCACAGAUGGGAACCCCAGUCGGGAAAAGUGCGGCGUUCCUUUCUCCUGCUGCACCAAGGAUCCCGCGGAGGAUGUCAUAAACACUCAGUGCGGAUACGACAUUCGCGCAAAACCAGAUUCCGAGCAGAAAGAUUACAUCAACGUGAAAGGCUGCGUGCCGCAGUUUGAGAAAUGGCUGCAGGACAACCUCACUUUGGUGGCCGGGAUAUUCAUCGGCGUGGCGUUGCUCCAGAUCUUCGGAAUUUGUCUGGCGCAGAACUUAGUGAGUGACAUUGAAGCCGUGCGCGCCAGCUGGGUGGCCCUCCACCUCACCGCUCGUCGAACCCCAGCAGACGGGCAAGAAAAGCUCCAGCUAACAACUUGUGAGACACAUGCUAAGUGUGUUGGUUUCCGUGGAUUUUGACGAGUCACCUCUGUACCCGAGGCCUCCGUGAGGACGUCAAUGAAGCGGCCAUUUCACCUGCACCUACUCACAGAGUUGGCACCUUUUUUUCCAAGGCACUACUACUGGAUGUAAACAAUGAGCUAUCAUGGCUAACAGUGUUACGGAGGGAAUCAAGUGACUGCUUUUCCAGAUACGUCUUGAUAAAUGCACAUAAAGUGUUUUGAUAACUACAUUUGAUAUUAGAUCACUAUUUUCCAUAAUGUGUCAAUGCUAGUCCGUAACAAGCCCGCUGUAGUUGAAUGUUUGACACUCAAUCCGUUAGACUUUUAGUAUCACUUUAGUCAUUCGAAAACUUCAUUUACUGUACAGAAAAUGUUGGUGAGCCAAUUCAGGGCACACAAUUUCACUUGUUUUGUUUUUUAAAAAACAUUUUAACAUUCUUAACUGUUACUUGAAGUAUUAAUUUAUUAUACAGCAAGGAGAAGUAUUCGAACCCCUUGUGAUUUUGCAAGUUCGCCCACUUAGAAAAUAGGUAGAGGUCUGGAAUUUCAAUCAUAGAGACAUAAUCUGAAAAAAACCCUCCAGAAAUCACAUUGUAUGACUUUUAAAAUAUUAUUACAAUAAGUAUUUGUACCCCUGAGAAAAUCAGUGCUAAUAUUUAGUGUUGAAAUUCACCGGGAAGGCGGAACUUCGCGCGUUCUCUUCUUAUUUUAACCCUUUGUACUGACUCCAUGUUUCAAAAGUUUAAAGAAGACUCACCGAAAAGUCUGACAAUUUAUUCGUCGACAAUGGUCAAAAACGAGGCAAAAACAGACAACGGAGGGAUCAAUGCUGAAUCCAACGCAAGGCUACAUAGCAAAUGUUUCCGAGCAGCAAAAUCUGUGUUAUCUCACUCUCCAGUGUUUAAGUCCGUGGGCCGGCCGAAGGUGUGUCCAGGCAUUGCUUUGGGAUCAUCCCUCUCUGGCCGGUUUCGGGCUGUUUAGGUUCGUACGUGGAUGGGAUGUGGUUGCCACCGCGACCGACGCAGGUCUUGACGUCACAAGCGCCUGCUAUCAACUUUGUUAUCCGGGCUGGCACUACUUGUUUUAGGACAAAGCGCGCUGGUCUUUGUCCUUGUUCGUUUGUCGGGAGGUAUGAUUGCCAAGGUUGGUGCGUCAAUCUUGCUCGCACACGUUGGGCUUCUGUGAUAAGAUGGCGUUGUGUAUCUAUUCUGUUUCUUUAAACUAUGGUGUGCUAUUUAUUUUACAUUAGGUGUGUUAGAGUAGUGCAGUCCUACAGAGAAUGAGAAAUGAUACUAUUCCCUAAUUAUAUUACGUGUGUUUGAGUAAUGCAAACAGACGGUGCCUACGAGAAACGGUACCAUUUUUCCUUUUCCCCCUCAUGAGCGCCGAUAAGGUGAUUCACUUUACUGUGUUCAAGGCUACUGAGUGGAGUCUGCCUAAACUAUAUUUAAAUGAAUGUGUUAUACUAAUGCAAACAAUUAUAUGGUGUGUGCGAGAAUGGUACCUUUUCCCUUCACUUGCAAUUACAGAGGUUAGACGAUUUCUAUAGUUCUUCAUGUUUUCACAUAUGGAAAGAGGAAUUUUGGCCCAUUCUUCCUGAAGGAAUUUGGUAUCCCAGCCAAGUCGCCGGAACCAGUAGGCGUCCCGCUGGCGCACCCCCAGCAAGUCGGCCGGGAAGGCCAAACUCCGCGCGUUCACUCCAGCGUUAACCAUUUGUACCGACUCCAUUUUAAACGGUUUAAAGAAGGCUCACCGAAAACAGGUUGACAAUUUAUUCGUCGACAGUGAUCAAAAAGCAAGGCAAAACAGACAACGGAGAGGCAAUGCUAGAUCCAAGGUGCGCAAAACAACGGAUACAUCGGAAUGUUCCAGAGACGCGACAGUUGUUAGCUAUGUGUUCAGUCUUUUGAAAGCUGCGGUGGAGUGGGCCGGGCGGAAGGCGUGCCUGGGUGUUGUCUUGGGAUCAUCCUUCUGUGGCAGGUUUGGGCGGUCAAGUUCCGCCACGGCAACUGAGGCAUGUCUUGACGUCUAAGGCGCCGAGCUAUCAACUUGUUGCCCUGACCCCACCGAAGAGAUGCUAACGUCUUUUCCGUGGACGGAAAAGACAAAUUGAUGAGAGAUUUCAACGAAAGAUGGUGGAUAAAGAACCUUGACUAACAUCCAAACAAGUUCAAGCUGUCCUGCAGUCCGAGGGUGCAACAUUGUCAACCCGUACUAUUCAUUGCCGUCUGAUUGAAAAGUGACUCUAUGGUAGGAUAACCAGGAAGACCCCACUUUUGACCCAGAGACAUAAAAAAGCCAGGCUGGAGUUUGCCGAAUCACGAAUAAUCUAAGAAUCGGAAAUUCUGCACGCCUCUAUUCCCCAAUGUCAAACAUGGCGGAGGUUCACUGAUGUUUUGGGGUUGCUUUGCUGCCUCUGGCACUGGACUGCUUGACCGUGUGCAUGGCAUUAUGAAGUCUGAAGACUUAUCAACAAUUUUGCAGCAUAAUGUAGGGCCCAGUUUGAGAAAGCUAGGUCUCCUUCGGAGGUCUUUGGUCUUCCCGCAGGACAAUGACCCAAAAACACCCUUCAAAAAGCACUAGAAAAUGGUUUGAGAGAAAGCACUGGAGACUUCUAAAGUGGCAAGCAAAUGAGUCCAGAUCUGAAUCUGAAAAUGGCAGUUCGGAGAAGGCACCCUUAUAAUCUCAGAGACCAGGAGCUGUUGGCCAAAGAAGAAUGGUCUAAAAUUCUAGCAGAGCAUUGUAAGAAAGUCAUCGAUGAAUACCAGAAGCAGUUGUUCGCAGUUAUUUUAUCUAAAGCUUGUGCUACCAAGUAUUAAGCUGAGGGUGCCAAUACUUUUGUCUCGCCCAGUUUUGAGUUUUUUUUCCCAUUCUCUUUUGUGUUUUUUUCCAUUGCAAGCAAAACAUAUGAGGAUAUUACUACAAAAGCAUUUGUAAUUGCAUUUUCUGGGAGAAAUUGAGCAUUAUCUGACAGAAUUGGUAGGGGUGCCAAUACUUUUGGCCAGCAAAUUACAAAUUAUUGAAAAAAAAUAAAUCAUACAAAGUGAUACAAAGCAUCCAAGAUUGAAAUUUCAGACCUCUACCUACUUUCUAAGUAUGUGAACUUGCAAAAUCACAAGGGGUGCAAAUACUUCUGCUCCUCAUUGUAUUUGUCAACCAACAAGCAUCGUUAAUGUAUUUUUUUUUUGUAUCUAAAAGUGUUGAAUUGUACACAUGAACAACAAAAAGGCAUUUGAUUUGAGGGUGCGAAAUCACCCAUCACUGAGUCACAAUGUCUCGUAAAAGAAUUAUUUAUGGUUUGUUAACGACUACGUUCAAAAUAAAUGACUGAACUGUUGACUGAUUGUGUGAAGUAGUGCUGCAACGAUUAAUCGAUUAACUUAAGUAUUCGGUUACCCUAAUUUUCGGACUAUAAGCCGCUACUUUUUUCCCCUCAUUUUGAAUCCUGCGGCUUGUAGUCCAGUGCGGCUUUUUUGUUGAUUUAUUUGGGUUAACGGGUAAGACUUUAUUUGACAGCGGCAUCAUAAGACUGUCAUAAGAACAUCAUAAUUAUGACAUGACACUAUCAUGGGCAUUACUGAAUGCUUAUGACAGAUGCCAAUAUGUGUCAUAUUAUUUCACUAAAUGCAUUUAUGUCCAGCUCAAAUCUUUUACGGCCAUUCAAAAGUGAGAUAAUUUGCUGGAGAACAGUAACCGACCUCUAUUAUAAGCAUUCAUUAAUGCUUAUGGCACCACUAUCCAAGAAAAUGUUACCAAAUACCAUGACUAGCAAUUAAUGAAACAACUGGAACAGUAACUGAAGAAAUAAUUAGCACAGAACAUGAUUUAUUUACAUCUCUAGCACCGCAAUGCAUGCUAGGAGGAAUGUUGGAUGACAACAGUGUUGAAAGCAGGUGGCAGCAGAUGUUGACCGUCUCCCCCAAGGGAGCAGUGAUGGCCAAAUGAAGCUUUUAGAAACAAUAAGGCUUUGCACCCAAUUGGUUCAAAGCUUAAUGGUGGUUAAUUUGGUCUCAUGACAGUCUUAUGUUGCCAUUGUCAAAUGAAGUUAUACCAGUUAAUAUCUUUUGGUGUAAAUAUCCCAUAAUACAAUGAGGACAGCUGUAUCUUAUAGUCCAGUGCGGCUUAUCUAUGAACAAAUGCCGUUUUCAUGUCAAAUUUGGUGGGUGGCAGCUUAUAGUCAGGUGCGCCUUAUAGUCCAGAAAUUACGGUAGUUAAAAAAUAUUCAAAUUAAAUUUUGCUGCUUCGAGUAAUUAAAGUGACGUUGUAAUGGUUUAUUUUGAAAGUGUUUGCAUUUAGUUUUAUUGAUUUGAGUGGAUACACUGCCUUCUAGUCUGCCUCAAUUCACAUGACAUCCUGGUGCUCCCUGUUAAGACCAACAUAAGUUAAAUUUUGUUAGCUAUUUUUUUUUUUAAUGCAUUCGUAAUUUAGUUUAUAUGUAUAUUUAGCCUAUUUUUGUGGGAAUAUGUGUCUGAACCAUUUUUUAAGAGCACUGUAAAAAGUUAGCAUUUUAUAGCAUUUAAACUAGCAUUUUUGCGAUGUAAAUAAGCCAAUUGUUCUUUUGUUGUACAUAGAUCCUCAUUUGAGGUUCAGCUCCGGUAAUUAAAUUUUUCAUGUUCCUUAUCCGAUUACUUCGAAUAAUCAACUACUAAAAUAAUCGAUAGCUGUAGCACUAGUGUGAAGUCAAACUUUGUAUUUUUUUUAGACAUAAGUUCCGCUAACAAUGAACUGAAGACCGCGACCCCCAGCUAGCUAUCGUCGUUUUAUUAUCAGUGUUACAAUCGUCCAAAUGUACAACUUUUUGACAUUUACACACAAACAUUAACGUUUAUAGUACUUGAUGCCGUUGCUAUGGAUACAACUCCGAGCACAAAUCUGAUAAAUAACCAUUCAUACCCUUUAAAAAAAAGAAAAACAGUGGUUAUUGAUUGGGACAUGCCAAGAUUUACAAUAAAAGUGAUAUGAUAAAGCAAUCCUCGGUCGCCGUUCAUGCAUUUCUAGCAUGCCGAUGCUAGCUUAAAAAUACAAAUGUGGGAGAAAUGGUGAUUUUUGCAAGUUGGGUCGAGCCGAAAUGAUCCUAGAAUGGCUGCCUGAACUCCAAAUGUUAGUUUUCAGAUGGGCGUUUUUACGGCUCGGAGUACUGGACUCCGAGCCGUUUAAAAUGGUGACCUACAUAUAUGUAGGUCACCAUUUUAAAUGUUUAAUUGACGCACCACGUGUUUGUGUCAUGUGGCGAUUUAUCACACGGUAGUUUGAGUUUAGUUGAAAGUUUUUUUGUUUUUUUUUAUAUGAAUAAAAUUGACAAUUAUAACGAUAAUUUUUGUUGUUAUAUGGCCCCGGCGUUACAUUUUUAGACAUUUUGUGGUCGGACUCUGGAUUGACACGCCUCGUAAACGACACCUGAUAGGCUGCAAGUUAAGUAGGUAAACAGCUGACAGAUGAGGUAAUAUGGUAAACAUGAGUUAAUGAGAUACAGGACUAACAAAACGUCCUUGUAUAAACCCGAAAUCAUUAGACCUGAUGUCAGCUGGAUAGACGUGGGAUUUUUUUAGGGAAGCUAAACAGGGAAAGAAACGUGGACGUGAUUGCAGUUCGGGAUCGUGUAGGGUGAGUCAAGAUCACGAUUAAUAAAUACUUCGACAUAUUUGAUGACAUUUUUGAUUCAAAGUUCUGUUCAAGUACAUUUGUUUUAGGAACUUUAGUCUGCACUGUUAGCUUUUUGCUAAUUAGCAUUUUUUUUGUUUUUAACUCAUUCAAUGUUUUUGAAAUUGAUGUUUUUCAGCGCCAUUGAUGGUGAUGCACUUCCAGUUCAAAUGGACUGAAUGUCUAUCACUGUCAAUGGCACCCAAUGAAGUGAAUUAUAAAAAUAUUGAAGGGAACCUCGGACUUAAAGACUUUAAUAAGUCACAUUUGUUCUCUUUUACUAAAAUAUGUCAUUAGAAACAUUAUUGCAAUUGAUUUAAAAAUUUUUUAAAGAUGUCGGACCCGAUUGGAAUCGGCAAAAAAAUAUCGGACAUACCUUUUUUUAAUAUAUAUAUAUAUUUUAAUUAAAUCCUUUUCUAGUUGCAUUUAACGUUACAGACAAAAUGUCUUACACUCAUCCAGAGUCUCUAGUUUUGGCUUAAAGUAGGGCUAUCAAAUUUAUCGCGUUAACGGCGGUAAUUAAUUUUUUAAAAAAUUAAUCACGUUAAAAUAUUUAACGCAAUUAACGCAUGCGCUGCACGACCUACUCACGCAUUGUCGCGUUCAAUCUAUAAUGGCGCCGUUUUACCGAUGUAUAGAGCUAAAAGGCAGCGUAAAAUGAGUAGAGUGAAUUUUGGCAGUCUUUGACGCCUUUUUUAAUUUGGUUAAAGCCUUACAAUCCCUCUCUCAACAAUUACAAAUAUCGUGGGAAGCAAUGUGGGGAAGCAAGGUAGUAGUUGAUCUUUAUAUGAAUUGGUGCCACUACGCACAGUCAUGGUUGCACUUCCCAUCAUGCAUUUGGGCAGAACAGUUAAAUGGCUGCAGUAUCAUUUACUGAAAGCUCAACAAAUACACUAGAUGGCAAUAUUUAGUCACAAUAUAAAAAGUCACAUUUAUCCUUUAAGAAUUACAAGUCUUUCUAUCCGUGGAUCCCUCUCACAGAAAGAAUGUUAAUGCCAUCUUGAGGAUUUAUUGUCAUAAUAAACAAAUACAGUUCUUAUGUACUGUAUGUUGAAUGUAUAUAUUCGUCCGAGUUUUAUUCAUUUUUUUCUUAAUGCAUUGCCAAAAUGUAUAUGAAUGGGAAAAAUAAUCGGGAAUGAUUGGAAUUGAAUCGGGAGCAAAAAAAAAAAAAAAGCAAUCGGAUCGGGAAAUAUCGGGAUCGGCAGAUACUCAAACUAAAACGAUCGGAUCGGGAGCAAAAAAACAUGAUCGGAACAACCCUAAAAAUUUUAUUUAGUACAUGGUUCUAUGUAUGGAGGGCGCCAUGUUUUACACGUGCAAAUCACGCUGGGGGUGAUGAUGCAUGUGGGCUGGACUGGGAGGAUAGCUGUGCUAGCUAGCAAGCGAAGCUAGUAUGACGACUGGCAUGAUUUUGUCACAUUCUGCUGCUGGUUAGAUUGUUUUGUUACAGAGCUAUGGGAUGAGUACCUAACAUUGUACCUUCAUCCAAUUCCAGCUUAUUAGCGAUGUCGUUAAACCGAUCCUAGGCGGCUUGCCGCUAUUUGACAGUUUGUAUAUUUCUUUGUUGCAUCAUUGCCUUGUUUUUUCAUCUCACCGCGGUUUUCCCUCUGGGUUUUUCUUUUCUUUUUCUUUUUUUAAUUGAUCCCGACUUACUGUCACGGACCCUCUUUGUGUGUACCUUUUGGCGACUGCGUGUUUUCUGUGUAUUUAUUAAAUACGACAACACUGCCCAGAGUGCAUUGUGUCGUCAUUCAACAACGAUGGAGACAUACUAGCAGCACGAGCAUUGUUAAUUUUUUUUUUUUUUUU